AUGCCUCGGGGUCGGAAGAGUAAGCUCCGUGCCCGUGAGAAACGCCGCCAGGCCCGAGAUGAACCCGAGGAUCUGGUAGGUGCUCAGGCCAAGGUGGGAGUGGGAGAAGAGUUCCCCCCUUCUUCCCCUCCUUGUUGCAAAGCUAUUUCCCAAAGCUCACUUAUUGUUUGGUCAUGUUGCAAUCCACAGGGUCUUCACAGAGCCACAGCUUUUGCAAACACUGAGGCCAUCUUCAGAGACCAUCUAGCUGAGAAGGUGGUUACACUGGUGUACUACCUGCUGUACAAGUAUCGAAUGAAAGAGCCCAUUACCAAGGCAGAUAUGCUGACAAAUGUAAUCCAGAUGUAUAGGAGUCACUUCCUUGAGAUCCUUAAAAGAGCUUCUGAGCACCUGGAGGUGGUCUUUGGCCUUGACCUGAAGGAAGUGGAUCCCUUCCGGCACAUCUAUGUCCUUGUCAACAAACUAGAUCUAAGCUAUAAUUCAAACCUGGGUGAUAAAAGAGGGAUUCCCAAGACAGGCCUGUUGAUGGCUAUUCUGGGUGUGAUCUUCACUAAGGGCUAUUGUGCCACUGAGGAGCAAGUCUGGCAAAUAAUGAAUGUGAUGGGGUUAUAUAAGGGGAGGAAGCACUUCAUUUUUGGGGAGCCCAGGAAGCUCAUCACCAAAGAUUUGGUGCAGGAAGGGUACCUGGAGUACCGCCAGGUGGCCAACAGCAAUCCUCCACGCUACGAGUUUCUGUGGGGCCCCAAAGCCCAUGCUGAAACCACCAAGAUGAAAGUGCUGGAGUUUGUGGCCAAGAUCCAUUAUACAGUCCCCACUGCCUUUCCAGUCUGGUAUGCAGAGGCUUUGAGAGAUAAGGAAGAGAGAGCCCGAGCCAGAGCUGCAGCCAGAGCUCGUACUGCUGCCCUGGCCAGUGUGCGCUCCGAGGCCAUAGCCAGCAGCAACUCCCGCCCCAUCGCAUCAAACUGGGCAGAACCCCCACACCAGUAA